AUGAGCGAAUUGGAUCAGCUCAGGCAAGAAGCGGAACAGCUCAAAAGUCAAAUCAGGGAAGCUCGUAAAGCGGCCAAUGAUACGACACUGGCUUCAGUUGCAGCCAAUCUUGAGCCAAUCGGACGGAUUCAGAUGCGCACGCGACGAACAUUACGUGGUCAUCUUGCUAAAAUUUAUGCAAUGCACUGGGCAUCUGAUUCACGGAAUCUUGUUUCUGCUUCACAAGAUGGCAAACUUAUAGUUUGGGAUUCUUACACAACUAAUAAGGUACAUGCGAUCCCUUUGCGGUCUUCAUGGGUGAUGACUUGUGCCUAUGCUCCAUCUGGAUCAUACGUUGCUUGUGGUGGUUUGGAUAAUAUAUGCAGUAUUUAUUCGUUGAAGACACGUGAAGGCAAUGUGCGCGUUUCACGUGAACUACCUGGUCAUACUGGUUAUCUGUCUUGUUGUAGGUUCCUGGAUGACAAUCAGAUUGUCACAUCUAGCGGUGAUAUGACUUGUGCAUUAUGGGAUAUAGAAACUGGACAGCAGUGUACGUCCUUUACAGGACAUACGGGAGACGUAAUGUCUCUUUCUCUUUCUCCUGAUAUGAGAACGUUUAUUUCGGGUGCAUGUGAUGCAUCAGCGAAGCUAUGGGAUAUUCGUGAUGGAAUGUGUAAACAAACGUUUCCAGGACAUGAAAGUGAUAUUAAUGCUGUGGCUUAUUUUCCAUCUGGUCAUGCCUUUGCAACAGGAUCAGAUGAUGCAACGUGUCGCUUAUUCGAUAUCAGAGCUGAUCAAGAAUUGGCUAUGUAUUCGCAUGAUAAUAUUAUAUGUGGAAUUACUAGCGUAGCUUUUUCCAAAUCAGGGCGAUUACUUUUCGCUGGAUAUGAUGAUUUUAAUUGCAAUGUGUGGGAUUCUAUGCGACAAGAAAGAGCAGGUGUUUUGGCUGGACACGACAAUCGCGUGUCUUGCUUGGGAGUAACCGAAGAUGGAAUGGCAGUAUGUACCGGUUCAUGGGAUAGUUUCUUGAAAAUAUGGAACUAG